GAAUGCGAGCCAACUUCAAGCUCACACGUAAGAGGGUCUGCGCUAUGGUUCGGGCGGAUAGCAUGACAGGGAUAAGAUUUGCCACAACAAGUGCCAAAUCUGAUUUCACAUCGGUCAGAUAUAAAGUGGAACGUGGGCCUUUUGCCGAAGUUACGAAUAAUCAUAUAGAUUAUUUUCGGAGGCUUUUGGGAAACCGUACUGUGACUGAUCCGGAGGAGUGUGAAGGAUAUAAUAUCGAUUGGGUCAAGAUGGUUAAAGGGAACAGCCGUUUGGUUCUAAAACCAAAGACAUCCAAGGAAGUUUCUGAAAUCCUCAAAUACUGCAAUCUAAAUCGCCUCGCUGUUUGCCCGCAGAGCGGCAAUACUGGGCUCGUCGGUGGCAGUGUCCCUGUUUUUGACGAGAUUAUUCUUUCCAUGAAAUUAAUGAAUCAGAUUAUUUCGACGGACGAGCUUUCAGGGGCGCUAGUGUGCGAGGCUGGCUGUGUCCUGGACGUCCUGGACAAUCAUUUGGACGAUUACGGCCUAAUGAUGCCAUUAGAUCUUGGUGCCAAGGGUAGCUGUCUCAUAGGCGGUAAUAUCGCGACAAAUGCCGGAGGGUUGCGACUGCUACGAUACGGAAAUCUACACAAUGCUGUGUUAGGAUUGGAAGCAGUUACAGCUAAUGGCAAGAUUAUAAACUGCAUGAACACUCUAAAGAAGGACAACACGGGGUACCACCUAAAGAACCUGUUCAUCGGUUCGGAAGGAACGUUGGGAAUCGUGACGAAAGUUGCAAUCCAUUGUCCUACUCGUCCUAAGAGCAUCAAUCUCGCAUUUCUAGGUCUUGACAAUUUCGAUAAAGUCCUCACGACGUAUCUUCUCGCGAAGAAAGAGCUAGCCGAGGUCCUAUCGUCUUGUGAAAUGAUGGAUGAUGCUACGAUGGGAAUUAGCGUUGAUAUGUUGGGCUUGCAAAAUCCUUUGUUUAAAAGGCACAAAUUCUACAUGCUAAUCGAAACCUCAGGUAGCAAUCCGAGUCAUGACGACGAGAAGCUGACUGCAUUCGUAGAGAAAGCCAUGGACACAGAAUUAAUCAUCGAUGGCACAUUGACGGGUGACCCGACGAAAAUGAGGCAGAUUUGGGCGGUGCGGGAACGCGUGGGCGAGGGGUGUCUCCUGGAUGGAUACUGCUUCAAAUAUGAUGUAUCUCUACCCCUUCCUUACUUCUAUAAGCUCAUUGGUGCAUUGAAACAGCGAUUGGACAUGUCACGAAUUGUUCGAAUCAGUGGAUUUGGACAUUUGGGAGACGCGAAUCUUCAUGUGAUAGUGGCAACACCAGAGUACGAUUCAGGCAUCGAAGCACAGCUGGAACCAUUUCUAUUUGAAUUCAUUUCCCAGAAAAAAGGUAGCGUUAGUGCUGAACAUGGAAUUGGAUUCAAGAAGACCAAUUAUUUAGAAUACACUAAACAUCAGUCGGCGAUCAAGCUCAUGUGCGAAAUUAAGAAAAUGAUGGAUCCUAAUUCUAUUCUUAACCCUUAUAAAGUGUUGCCUCAAUAAAAAGUGAAAGCCGUCAUUUUUUUAUGUA